UCUGCUUAUAUAGGGGAGAAACCUGCUCUUCUGUUCCUCAAGUGCUUUCUUUGGAAAUUAAGAUCCUUCUUUUAUAGCAAAAAGGCUAUGUCCUGGGCUUGAAGUCUGGUGCAAGGUCUUGGGGAGCCGGGAAGAGUCAGGGUUGGUGAGGCCCUAGACAGCCGGACCCCGCUGAGCCCUAGCGCCGGUGGGCCGUGGCCACGGGAGAUGCCAUCAGGCCAAGGGGAGGCUCCAGCAUCUGCACUUGGGUCUUGGAGGUUGUUCCUGGAAGACCUUUACACAGCUUUCUGGCCUCUCCUCUUCACUCCACAUUUUGCCAGGAUCCCUGGAGGAGAAAUGACUUCCUUUCCAUGUUCCAUGAAGUGACUUUGUCACAAGCAACUCUUGCCAGCCCUCCUCCCCAUCUCCAAUGCCCCCAGGGCUCACAGGACCAAGGUCCCCCAUGGCCUGUCUAUCCCUGGUGUACCAGGCGCCAUCACUGUGUGAACUUGUAUUUGAGCGUGGUGUGUAUGGGGGACUUGUCCUCGCUGUGUCAGUUCUCCAGGAAGUACACAGCGAGAUGGGUCAGUUGGGGUGUAUUUCUACGGAUAAUGAAGAUGAAAACAAUGAGUCUUCGUACGUCAGCCAGGAUCUGCCCCACCGGACUCGUGGGACACGUUGCAGCCUCUGCCUCCAUUCCCGAUCCAGGUGGACAGGCCCAAUUCUACCUCCAGGAGCAUCUGACUUCUAAUCUAUUCAUGGGUUCAUUAAGACCCUGGUUGAGCACGUGUGUGUCAAGCCCUGCACGAGACACUGGACGUGGUCAUGGAAAGGUGCCGUGUGCAUAGUCCCUGCUUUCUGGGAACCUGUCGUUCUCUUCCUGCCUUUUGUGUAGGGCUGGAUUUUUCCUUUGUCCCUCCAGAGCCCACCAACCCUGUUAUGUGGCCCAGAAGACCAGCCUCUUCCCCUGUCAUCUUCUGAGAUCUCUGCUUUUCGCUGGGCUUGGUCCGUAGCAGGGUGGAGAGAGGCUGAGCUUUCCUGCCUGUGCACUCUCUCAGAGACAUUCGCUCCCCCUCUGGAGCCUCUGGUUCUGUCGGCAGCCCCUCUCCACAGCCAGAGCCCUGAGUUCUGGUAAGUGUCCCCGUCUCCCGGUCCCCAACAGGCUUAGAGGUGAUAAGGGCCUCUGCUUGUCGCUUAUCUCCGGGGUUUUGCUACAGGUUGUUGGUCUCCUUAAUCCUGUCCUGGCUUUUCUAGAUAGUCUGUCAACUUAAGUAUUUUCGGCGACCCCUUUGAGUGCAUCAUCUCUUUCCCUGGGACCCUGACUAAUGCGAGCAUGGCAAUCCCUCCUAUGGCUACUGCUUUGCAGAUUGUCCAUAAAUUCUGACCAAAACAAUAAAUAAAUUUGAUCCAAAGACAAAAACACUGAAGCAACGAAAUACGCUUAGGAGAAAGUAAAACUACAGGCCAGGAGUAGUAGCUCAUGCCUGUAAUCCUAGCACUCUGGGAGACCCAGAUGGGAGGAUCACUUGAGGUCAGGAGUUCGA